AUGAUGAAGCCUGCUGGCCAGCACCACGAGGCGGCGGCGAUGAAGAAGCAGCCGCGGGGGGAGUUCAUGCCGGUGUACGUGGCGCUGGGGAUGAUCACGGUGGCGGUGACGCUGGGGCUGUACACGGCGAAGGAGCAGAUAAUGCACGCGCCGAACGUGCGGGUGAGGAAGCGGGAGCGGGAGAGGGUGAGCGAGGUGGUCGAACCGGACCGGGUGGCGGUGGAAGGGGACAAGUUCGUGAAGGGCUCGUUCUUCAGGAAGGUGGCUCACGUCCAGGAGUUCGAUCCUAGUGGGAUUGCCAAGUGA